AUGGCUGUAGGAGAAAAGUUAAAAGAAACCUGUGAUCUGCACAUGGGGCUAGAUGUGGCAUCCACCCAAGAACCAGUGAUUAUCACUUUAGAGAAGUUUGCACAGACUUACCUUGAGGAUGGCAAAGAAGCGCCAAUCCUGGAGAUGAAUAAAAAUUCAUAUGCAGCUCACAAGUUUGUUCCUAGUGAAGAAAACUAUUAUAUGCUGAGCAAGAAAGUCGGAUUGAUACAAGGUACAGUCUCUACUGUCAAACAGGGAUCAGAACUUGGGAAUUUCCUCCUGAAGGAGAUGAAGAAAAUAGAGGAUUCAGACAAGUCUUCGGAGCAUUACCAAUACUUCUUUUCAACUCCAGAUGAGGAAGAAUGUAAUGAGACAUCUGAUAAGGCUGAUGAAGCGACCACUGUUACUGGUCAGAUACUUAUAGCUGUGGCUGGUCUGAGGGAUACAGACAGAGCCAAUAUUGAAGCAGCUGCAGCAAUGCUGACUUCAGUUUUGAAAAAACAAAGAAAGAAACUGAGGACCAAGGUAACAGAAAUCAUCGAUAUUAUUUAUUUCCACUUACAAGCUAUCCAGGUCCCCAUUGCUAGAAAAGCAGCCAUUGGGGCCAUUUGCCUGUUGGCCGAAAUGUUCACAGAGGACGUGAUCUUAAGUCUCCUGAGACUCUCGCUGCCCAGUGACAAGCAUGUCACUGAAAUUUGGGAAGCUCUGGGUCAAGCUAAACAACCAGUCAGGCUCCAAGUUCUCGCGAAGCUUCUGGAAAUGCUAAAAAGAAGACCUUGCCUCCAGAGAGAAUCCCCUGACUUAAAUAUUAAAGACAAUUGGUCCCUCCUGCCUCUAGCUGCAACAAAGGCCCUUUGCAUAAUAUUUAGGAAUAAAAAUUCCAAAGUGCCUAUGAACAGCUUUUACGUGUCAGUGAUCAUCUUCUUGGUUAUUCAGCUGAAUUACUUGGUGAACUUUGCAGAUGUUGAAUAUGGGAUAGAGGAGAGUCUCAAAAUAUCAAGCUAUAUAAGCUGUGCUGUGGAAGCCUUAAAAGCUGUAAUUAAAAGGGAGAAGAAUUCUUGGAUGUGUUUUGUGAGUCUAGCAGGAGGCUGGGACCUUUUGUCUUCAUCAGAGAAUUACCUUGAAGGAGUUCUUCUACUGGCCAGAUCCAUUGUCAAACAUUAUCGAGGGCUCGAUUACGCCGUAUUUACCAAGGUGAUACCACUUCUCCAUCACGGGGAUGACAAACAGAAGCUAACAGCCAUGGCCUUUUUCACUGCACUGCUUUCUUCUGAGUCCACCUACACAGUACUACAGAAAAAGUAUAUCCUGAGCCUACUUAGGAACUGGAACACUGAUUCAAACUCAACCUAUCGUUGGCUCAGUCUCUACGGGAUGGGCAAUGUUGCUGUCCACCUGCAAAAUCAGGAAGAGCAGAGUAACCUGCUGGUGUUCAGUUGUAGAGAGAGCUUAAACCAGUGCAAGGUCUUCCUGGGAUGGACUGUAAAUGACAGCCAGGACUCUUGGAACGUCACCUGCAAGCACCUUGUUAAAGAGUACCCAGGAAAACUAAGGAACUUUCUGUACCAAGCACAGGACUACAGUCUAAAUCAUCAAAGGUCGUCAGUAACCGUAGCCAACACAUUUAUAAACACCAUCUUCGAACACAUGGAAUCUGGCUCUGUGCAAAAGGAAGAAGUGGACUCCUUACGACAAGUUUUCAGUUCUUUGCCACCAAAAAAGGAGCAUCCUGUCCCUAUUGUCAUCACUCCCAAAUCAAUGGAAGAGUGCAGAUAUUGUCCAUCAAUAUUCAGAUGUCUCUGCUAUUUCUCAAGAUCCCAUUCAUGA